AUGUUCAAAUAUAAACCUGAAUUUGUUAAUUUUCAAAAAGUUGAAACUGCUUACUCUUCCAGCCAAGGAGUUCUGGCAAUGGUUGUGCCUUCCAUAUGGAAUGCUUUUAUCAAGCAAGGGAAGGAGCAAGAGGAAGCAAUGGUCACAGCCCAGGGGAACUUGAAAUAUUUGGAAGAAGAACUGAGAGGGAAGAAGUUCUUCGGUGGAGAGAAAAUUGGAUUUGUAGAUCUUGCAUUUGGUUGGCUUGCUAAUUUGGUCGGUGUGUUAGAGGAGUUAAAGGGCUUGACAUUGAUAGAACAUGAAAAGCAUCCAUUGUUGUUAGCAUGGAUUCAGAAUUUCAUGGAUGCCCCAAUAAUCAAAGAAAACUGGCCACCUCGAGACAAACUGAUCACCAAAUUCCAUGCUCUUCUUGAAGCCUAG